AUACUCAUAAAACCCCCCAAAACCCCCCCGUCUGUUCUGCACCAGUGGAACGGCCAAACAAUGCAACAACAGCAACCAACAGCUCAAAGCACGGCGGACGCUUCAGCCACCGCCCCAACGCCCUCCCAGGGUGGCGAGAAGCAGCGGCUGAGGGACAAGAAGAUUAAGGACUUGCUUCCCAACACGCGGCGGCUCGUGGAGGUCCCUUACACGGCCUCUCUUUCGCACACCAUGAACGCUCUGGUGGCCAACCAUGUGGUGGCUGUCCCAGUUGCGGCCCCUCCAGGGCAGUGGAUUGGGGCUGGUGGGUCCAUGAUAAUGGAAUCGGACAAACACACCGGGGCCAUAAGGAAGCACUACAUCGGGAUGGUCACGAUGCUCGAUAUCCUUGCCCACAUAGCCGGGGACGAUCAGAUGAAUGAUGACGACGGAACUGAUCUCGACCAGAAAAUGGCUGUCCCCGUAUCGAACAUCAUUGGGCACUGCCUUGAAGGGCUCAGUCUCUGGACUCUAAAUCCCAAUACUAGCAUCCUAGAUUGCAUGGAAGUGUUCAGCAAAGGUAUCCACCGAGCCCUUGUUCCGGUGGACAGCCACAUGGAGAACGUCUCAGGGGUUGAACUAGUGGAGUCAGCCACGAGCUACCGGAUGAUGACCCAGAUGGACAUUCUCCGGUUCCUCAAGGACCAGCAUGGUCCCGAGAUGGCUGCCAUCUCCUCCCUAUCAGUCCGGGAGUCGGGAGCUCUGAACCCCAAUGUGUUUGCUAUUACUGAUCGGACGAGAGUCAUCGAGGCUAUCAAGUGCAUGAAAGCUGCCCUGCUCAAUGCGGUCCCGAUCGUAGCUUCUGGCGUGCUAGAGGAAGAUCACAGUCAGCUCAUAGAUGGCAAUGGCAGGAAACUCAUCGGCACAUUUUCGGCGACAGACAUAAGGAGGUGCCACCUCUCUGCUCUAAGGCAGUGGCUGUCAGCGAGUGCGCUUGAGUUCACAGAGAUGGUCUCUGCAUCUCCAACCAAGAUGGUCUCGGCAUCUCCCAUCCACAGGGGAUGGCCAGGUUCCGGGGACCCUCAGAGGGAGCAAGUGACAUGUAGAGAGAGUACUCCCCUCCGGGAGGUGAUGGACAAGGCGGUCGAUAAGCAUGUGCACAGACUGUGGAUCGUGAACUCGGACGGCUUACUCGUGGGGCUUGUUUCGCUCACUGAUCUUGUCCGUAUGCUCCGGGCCUCGUUACUUUCAUCUUAGUUUUCCUUUCUCUUUUCCCCUCCCUGAGGUUGUUUGGUCUUUCCAUGCUGUAAAUACGAACUCGGUUGGACUUGAGUAGUUGAUUAAAGCGUGGUAAUGAGAGUUUGGGGCUUGUCCGCCCAGUAUAUUCCGAGACUAA